UUUCAAUAUUCAGACAGUCUGUGUGACCAGCAACUACGGCUACUCGAUCUUCACUUCGGCCAUGGCGAUGAGAUCAUCUGCCUCGGUAUGCGUACGUACAGGAUCGACGAUCAUCCGCCGUACAUCGCAUUGUCUUACACAUGGGGAGAUCCACACGACACUGUGCCUGUCCUGUGUAAUGGGAGAGUCAUCGCUGUUACUCGAAAUCUCAAAGAAGCUUUGUGGCAAUUUCGAGAGGAUCGCAAAAGACUGGUUAGAGCGAUGCCUCAUAGCCAGCCUCUGAACUUCUGGGUUGAUGCUAUUUGUAUAAAUCAGACGAAUAACAAGGAGAAAAGCUUCCAGGUUGGUUUGAUGGCAAAGAUCUAUCAGCGGGCUCAUCAUGUCUUUGCUUGGUUGGGACCAGCAAACAAGAGCAGCGACUUAGCGAUCUGUUGCAUCAACACUAUCAGAAAG